AACCUCUUUUGCAAGAUCCCAACACUCUCGACCUUUACCUAUCAAUUCCUCAAACUUUGAUAACAUCACGUCUGAACAUGUCGGGCUGAUCGAGAGUUCUGAUCACCAAAUUAUAGAACUUGCGGUUUUACCACCGAAAUGGGUAGACAUAGUUGACGAAGUCGACGAGAAAAUAGACAAAAUAAAAAGCCUAAUUUCAACGUUAGAGUCUCUGCAUAAGAAACACGUUUUACCGGGAUUUGACGAUCGAACCGAAGAAGAAAAGGAAAUAGAACGAUUGACUAAAGAGAUAACUGAACUUUUCCAACAGUGUCAGCAAAAGAUUAGAUGGAUAGGUGAUCACGGCCAAACGACAGCGUUAAAUCAAGAGUUGGUAUUAAGUAGAAAUGUUCAAACUUCGUUAGCCACAAAAGUACAGGAAUUAUCCACGAGCUUCAGAAAACAACAAUCGGCGUAUAUGAAGAGGCUCAAAGCAAGGGAGACCAAAAUUCCGGGAUUGUUUUCUAUAGAUUCAGUUGAUGACGAUCCUAAGGGGGGUUUUACCACAAAUCAAUUAGUCAUGGUAGAGUCUUCAGAGGCAUUAGUAGCCCAGAGGGAAAGGGAAAUUAAUGAAAUUGCAAAAUCUAUAAACACACUGGCAGAAAUAUUUAAGGAUCUUCAAACUCUCGUUAUUGACCAAGGGACGUUAUUAGAUCGAAUAGAUUAUAAUGUUGAACAAAUGGUCACUAAUGUGAAGGCAGCAGUUAAAGAGUUAGAUAAGCAAGAAGAUAAUGUUUUCCGCCCCAUUAUGAGCAGUGAGGAAACGUUGUUCACGUCCUUUUCCCCACCACUAGUUAACAGUAACUCUUCAACAGCGAAGUCGUCGUCCACCACGGCCCAUCACUUGAGACCUCAAACGAGCUUAACUACGGUUGUAAAUGCACAAAUUUGCUUCCUAUUGAAUGCGCUCUUACCUGACAAUUACGCUAGCAAAGUAUCAGAGAUUAAUUCUCUUUUAAACAAACACGGUCAGGACACAUAUUUCUACUUAUUGAGGAAACUAUUGAUUAUCAAUAAGAGCCAAAUUUGCAACACUGGUUCUGGUAAUUCGGACCCUUCUCCAAGCUACCCUCUCUUAAUCGAAAAAGUCAAAGAAGCUGCUAGCGAUCCUUCUUUAUCAAUUGUUUUAUGCGAGGCUUUCAACUCAAUAAACCCUGUAGAUUCUUUUAAGGAUUUUGAUCUUGACAAUUUUCUAGAGACCGUUGGAAUUAAUCCGGUAGAAAAAGUUAGUCUUUGUAUCUCUUUAUUACCGUCGAAUAAAAAGGAGAUCGUAGAACAAGCGCGUGAAAUAAUCAGGCAAAACUUUGACCCUCUUGUGAAAGCCCUAGAGGACCAAGCAAUUCAAGCAAACUUAUCGGACAAACUUCUCCAUCACUUAAUUGCUUAUUUUAAAUCACACGAGGUCGAAAAUCUAAACAUUUCAUCCCAACAAAGUGAAACUGCAUCAAGCGCUGAAAGAUCGCCAUUCUCGUCUGUGCCAAUUGGUCUUAUUCCCCUCCUGAGUAAUCAAUCAGUCAAUUCUGCAAAAAUGUCUGAUCCAAACGAAUCACCCCAACAGUCUCUUUCCAGACUUAUGCGCGAUGCGGGCUAUAAAUGUUGCAAUACAUUAGCCGCAUUUACUGAAUUGGUGGGCCAAUUAGGGGUGAAACCGCAUGCUUCCGAGGAAAUAAUUAAGGAAGAUGACAUCGCUCGUGCGGUCGGAAUGAUGGUAGAAACGCAUUCCAACCUUGAAGAAGGUGAAAACGCGUGGGGUCAAUCUCCCAAUGCAGAAAAUGAUCAAACAUGGAAUAUAGAAAUAUUUACGACCACAUUAACAGAUCUUCAACCACAUAUAGAUUGGAAUAAGGUGAUAGAGAAGCUUGACUACCCAGAAUUUGUAGUCAAUGAUGUCAAGGGUCUAGAGAUUAUAUUGAGUGCUUAUAAAUAUGGGACAAAGGAAAAACAGUUAUUCCCUAUACACCUGUUUUGGGGCCACUGGAACAAUGUUAAAGGACAGUUUAGUUUCUUGCGUCGUAUUAUCCAAGCGCCGGCAGAGAUGUUUAGCUUGAGCAACUAUCCUGUUCAAAAAGUACUGUCGUUGGAGGACUUUGCAACUUCUAGCACUAACUUCAAAUCUAUGGCUGGAAUGCUUACAUCUCACCCUUGGAAUUCGGUGGAGUUGAUUGAGACACUAAUAAAAAUGGCAGAUUAUGGGUUAUUCGAAGAAAUUAGAUCAUUAUUUGAUAGAAUCACCAAACAAACUCCUGAAGUUGUUUGCCUAGGACUUGCGCAGGUUAAAAAACCUUGGAAUGCAUUACACCAAGAGCUUUUGAGUCGAUUACUUUCGAUGUUCUUGGCAGGACAUUCAAGCUCAACACCAGUGUUGACAAGGUUAUGGCAGAUCAAUAGCAAUCUUUUUAUAGAGGGAUGUCUUGAGGCCUACAAGAAGGAUGCUAUGACUAUAUCAAGAAUACUCGACAUCGCUCAAGAUCUAAAGAUUUUGAACCCGCUUCUAGCCGUGCAAUCAUUUUCGUUCUCUAUUGAUUUGGCGGCUCUUGCCUCUCGUCGAGAAUAUCUAAACUUGGAAAAGUGGCUACAGGACAAUAUUAUUGAACACGGAGACUUGUUCAUUCAUGAAUGCUUGGAAUUCUUGAACCAAAAAAUCGCUCUGGAGGUAUCGCGCGAUACCAAUGGCGGAUUUCAAUCCGUGAGAUUAUCUGUAGACGUAAUAGCUAUAUUCUUACGAAUACUUCCUAAUAGGAAUGUUAGCUCAAUGUCUGCAGAAAAUUCCGAGUUAUUGAAGGAAGUACGUAGGAACUCUAUGCAGGUUCAUCCAAAUUUAAUAGGCUCUACUGAAGGUGAAGUUCCUGGCACGGAACCUUCGUUUUCAGCUGAUGUUGAAGAAGAGGCAAAUUCUUAUUACGAGAGAGUGUAUCGACAGGAGAUUACUAUAGAGGAUAUGAUAAAGCUACUUCAAAGGUUUAAGACUUCAAAGGAUCGCCGAGAAAAUGACAUUUUUUCUUGCAUGGUUCACAAUCUGUUUGACGAAUAUCAGUUUUUUCCAAAGUAUCCACAAAAAGAGCUUACCAUCACGAGUGUUAUAUUUGGCUCGCUCAUACAAUAUCAACUCGUAGAAUAUUAUGCUCUUGGCAUUGCCCUCCGUUACGUUUUGAACGCGCUUAGAAAUCCUGCUGAUUCAAAAAUGUUUAACUUUGGAGUUCAAGCCUUGCGUCAAUUUCAAUCACGUCUUCCGGAAUGGCCUCAGUACUGUUCGCACCUUUUGCAAAUACCUCAGCUGCAACAAUCUUUCCCUGAUAUUGUUCAAACGGUGAAAAGCGCUCUUGCAUCAAAUAUAUCUGCCCCUGCAACGAGUUCCAGCGUUUCAACUUCUAGUAAUAUAAAUAAUAUUGGAAAUGGGGAUGCAUCAUCUUCUCAGCCGAUAAAUAAUAGCAAUACAAAUGUUGAAUCUAUAAAUUCUAUGAGGCUAAUUUCUGAGUCCGCGAGUAAGGUUAUUGAUAAGCCUGCAUUCACUGCGUUAAAUUUGGACACUUUAUUAACCGCAGAUAAAGUUGACUAUGGAAUACCUAGCGAAGCGGUUCAGGAUAAAAUUCUAUUCAAUAUCAAUAACGUUGCUCAAAGCAAUUUAGAAUCAAAGGUUGCUGAGAUGAAAGAACUUCUUAAAGAUUCUCAUUAUCGUUGGUUUGCUAACUACCUUGUUGUUAAGAGAGCUAGCAUAGAGCCUAAUUAUCAUCAACUAUACUUGCAAUUUUUGGAUGCGCUUGAAAGUCCAUCGUUAUCUAAGCAUGUAUUACAUGAAACCUAUUCCAAUAUUAAAAUUCUGUUGAACUCUCAGAAAACUGUGGAGAUGACGUCCGAGAGAUCAUUGUUGAAAAAUCUUGGAUCAUGGCUUGGGGGUAUGACGCUGGCCCGGAAUAAGCCCAUUAAACACAAAAACAUUGCUUUUAAGGAACUGUUAAUUGAGGGAUAUGAUAAUAAUCGAUUAUUAGUUGCUAUUCCAUUUGUGUGUAAAGUGCUUGAGCAGGCAAGCAAGAGUAAAGUUUUCAAACCUCCAAAUCCUUGGUUGAUGGCAAUAAUCAAAUUAUUGGCAGAAUUAUAUCAAUAUGCGGAUUUAAAAUUAAAUUUAAAAUUUGAGGUUGAAGUCUUGUGCAAGAGCUUGAAUAUUGAUCUUAAAGAAAUUGAGCCGACCACCAUACUAAAGGACCGACCUCCAAAGGGAACUGUCACUAUCGGUUUUGGGCAAGAAUGGCCAAACAAUCCUAACCAUCAACCUCCAUCGAAAGUGAUACCACCAGAUUCACAAAUACCUGUGCAAACCACCCCCGCUAUUCAUUUUGGUAAUAUAACAUUAUCCAUGAACGAUGAUGGGAAUAUGAACCUUGAUCAGUAUGUUACAAUCAACUCCAAUUUGCCUUCAUUCUACAAUCAACCAGUGAUUAGAAGAUCUGUUUAUCUAGCGAUCGACAGAGCAAUUCGCGAAAUUAUUACUCCUGUCGUAGAACGAUCUGUCACAAUUGCCGGAAUAUCGACUCGCGAGUUAAUCGUUAAAGAUUUUGCCAUGGAACCGAAUGAGGAAAAGAUGCGAAAUGCAGCUCACUUGAUGGUACAAAAUCUGGCUGGGAGUUUAGCCUUGGUGACAUGUAAAGAACCACUCCGACUUAGUAUGGUGAAUCACCUAAAGAAUCUGUUAUUCCAAAACGGUUAUAAUGAACAAAACAUUUCAGAACAAGCCAUCCUAAUGAUAGUCGCUGAUAAUCUAGAGCUAGCUUGUUCAUAUAUUGAAAAAGCUGCUAUGGAUAAAGCUUUACCUGAAAUUGAUGAAUCAUUAGCGUCAUCCUUUAGCAAUCGUAAAAAGCAUCGCGAGCGAACCGGGCAACCAUAUUAUGACAUGACCGUUUAUUCUGGUAUCUCACGUUAUAUGGGAAAUUUUCCAGAACCGUUACGUCUAAAACCAAAUGGAUUACAACCUCAACAAUUGCGCGUUUACGAAGAUUUUUCUCGAAUCCCGAGACUGAGCAGCCAGGCAGCUGCUAUAUAUGACGAACGUAAUUCACGAGUUAGCAUGCAUAGAGGACAGGAAUUCCCAAUUGGGCAUAAUUACAAUUCUGCUGAAAUACCGUUUGAUGGUGCACAAGUUCACAUACCCAUCUCUGCUCAUCAAAGUUUGGAGAAAUUCAAUGCGUAUCUUUCUGACCUGGAUAAAUUAAUAAGCAAGACACCACAAACUACGUGGUCUGCUUUGCCACCCAAUAGCGAAAUUCGCUUUUUAGUCAAAGAGAUACCAAUAUUGGCGACCCAGUCGUUUAAUCGCGACGAAACUGCUCUGCAUUUUUCGCAAAAAGUGAUGCAAUUACUAUAUAAGAAUGAUUCUAACCUUUCGCGCGAAGUAUAUGUCACACUGCUCGAAAAAUUGUGCGAAACUUCAUAUAAAGUGACCAAAGAAGUUACUGCUUGGCUGAUAUAUGCCGAUGAUGAGCGAAAGUUUAUUGUACCAGUUGUUGUUGCGCUGAUAAAGGCCAACUUAAUUAACGCGGGCGACCAGGACGCGCAACUCGCCAAACUAAUCGAAAACGGAAGACCUGUUGUGAUUGACUUUACCACAAAAUUGAUUCGUGAGAUCGUAUUGAAGGAUCCACCAUAUGCUACACGAAAUGACUUCGUGAACUCAUUGGAUGCUCUAACCAGGCUUACUCAACGUGGAAAAGCCCCUGAAGCCGUAAUUCAACUCUUGGAAGAUCUUCGUUUGCGCACAAGCCGGGAUUCUCUGAGUAAAGAUGUAGAAAACAUGGGUCUAAGGGAUCAACUGGCCCUCUUCUUUGCCGAAUGGGUUAAGGUUUACCAACACCCUACAUUAAAUGAAAAAACUUAUGCCAACUUUAUAAUGCAGUUGCAGCAACAAGGCGUUCUUAAAGGAGAAGAAAUAUCUUCGAUGUUCUUUCGUGUCUGUACAGAAAUGAGCGUGGAUCAUUACCUAAAACAAAAGCUUGCCCAUGCCACCCCUACAAUUUCAUAUCAAGCAAUUGACGCUUUUUCAAAACUCAUUGUGUUGUUGGUUAAAUAUCACUCGGAUCCUGAAGGCGUUAAUAAUAAUGUCGCCAAAAUUAAUUAUUUAACAAAGAUUCUGUCAAUUAUCGUGCUGGUUCUCGCGCAAGCACAUGAACAGCGGAGGCAACAGUUCAAUCAAAAACCCUUCUUCCGAUUGUUUUCGAGCCUAUUGAAUGAUCUCAAUUCCUACGAACAACAGCUCCAGCCCAUUUACUUUCAAAUUCUUAUUGCUCUAAGCAGCAAUACAUUCCAUACGCUUCAGCCAUUCUUCUUUCCGGGAUUCACCUUUGCAUGGCUUUCCUUAAUUUCACAUCGUCUCUUUAUGCCCAAACUGUUACUCGCUGAGAAUCAAAAGGGCUGGCCUGCUUUUCAUAAGUUACUCAUCUGCUUGUUCAAGUUUUUGGUACCAUUUCUGCGCAACGUUGAAAUGAGGGACACCACACGACUUUUAUAUAGAGGGACAUUGCGUGUAUUACUUGUGUUGUUGCACGAUUUUCCUGAAUUUCUCUGCGAUUAUCAUUUCAGUUUUUGUGAUGUGAUCCCACCAUCAUGCAUUCAACUCCGAAACCUUAUUUUAAGUGCUUUUCCACGAAACAUGAGACUACCUGACCCCUUUACCACACCAAAUUUGAAAGUAGACUUGCUUCCUGAAAUAUCCCAAUCACCUCGUGUCUUGAGCGAUUACUCGUCUGCCUUAAUUGCUAACAAUCUCAAAAACGACAUCGAUACUUAUCUAAAAACACGUACUCCUAUACCGUUCCCAAUAGAAUUAAAGAAUAAGCUCAUGAUCGAUAGUAGCAAUCAACCUGAUAUAGCUUCUACUGGAUCAAAGUACAACGUACCGCUCAUAAAUUCUCUUGUCUUGUACAUCGGAAUUCAAGCUAUUAACAAGUCAUCUCAGGGAACGUUACCGCUCACUCAUAGUGUUUCAAUGGAUAUAUUUCAGCAAUUACUUGUUGACAUGGACUCUGAGGGUCGAUACCUGUUACUGAGCGCCAUUGCCAAUCAACUUCGAUAUCCAAACAGCCAUACGCACUACUUCAGUUGUAUUCUGUUGUAUCUCUUCGCUGAAGGCAACCAAGAAGUAAUUAAGGAACAGGUGACGAGGGUUCUGUUGGAAAGAUUAAUUGUCAACCGUCCGCAUCCAUGGGGUCUUUUAAUAACUUUUAUUGAGUUGAUUAAGAAUCCUCGGUAUAGUUUCUGGAAUCAUUCAUUUACGAGAUGUGCAGCUGACAUCGAACGUCUCUUUGAAAGUGUUAAUCG